AUCCAGUGUUAUGCUCGAAUCCGACGAGCAUGAACAUGAUGACUCGGCUCGAACUCCCACAAUAUCCCCUGACCCGGCUCCCACGGAUCCAAGUCCGCACGUGGUACAACAAUGCAGUACCUUUAUGCCGCAAAGACCAGUGACCGGUAUUCCCGUCGUUCAUGCAACGCAACGUCACUAGCAAGACACUAGUGCACCGAAGCAUAUAUAUGCUUCGACUCGACAAGACUCCAAGACAAUUCUUCAUCCAGUGUCUACUAGAGUUCCCUACUCG